CAAAAGAAGGUAAUAACAACUAUCACCACAACGAGGAUGACGAUGAUGUACAAGUACAAGGAGACGCUGUUUCCGAAUACAGCGAAACAAAUCUCAGAAGUACUGCGGAACUAUCCGACACGAAUAGUGCCAAGAGAGGUAAAAGUGCCAUCUCUUCUGGUACCAUACACGAAACAAUAAAAACAUAAUCAUCACAACACCUAUUUAAUCAUUUGUAAAAGGGUCCCUGACAAGCUCAAUAUUUUUUAAUUAUUUUGCUGAUUAAGGAAACCUGACUGACGGAAGAAGUACACAAGACAGUCUUAUUGAAGGAAUAGUAAACGGAGAAGCCGAGUUGGACUCCCAAGAUGCAAGUAUUACACAAAGAGAUGGAUCAGUACACGGGGACGGGCUCGCUGUUGACAGUGAAAUUGAUCCGGAGGUGACGGAACUUAUAAAUAAUGCAAACAUGGAAAUGUUGGCAGCAUUGGUUUUAAAUGGAGAAGGAUCAAGACUAGUUGGUAGACGUUCAGGAAAUUCUGAAUUGCAAGCGUUUCUAGAUAAUGUUUCAACUUACAUGCAAAAAAUAAAUAAAGUUCACCUGGCAGCCAGGGAAGGCAAUAUUAGAGAGCUUCAAGCAGCGUUAGAUCGACGGAAAUUUGCCAUAGCCCGAGAUUCUAUCUCGCCUAAUGGUGCCACGCCUUUGCAUGUAGCUACAGUUUUUGGAAAAACAAAUAUUAUAAAAUAUUUAGGUGGAAGAUUUCCUGAAACGCUCUCAGCGGUUGAUUUUGAAGGGAGAACGGCUUUACAUUAUGCAGCUGUAUUGCCCGACAACGGUCACUAUUAUAAUUUACUGCAACAGCUAGGGGCCAAUGCAAAGGACUUAGAUGAUAAUGGUCGUUCGGCAGAAGAUUAUUACAAAAAUCCGAGUUUAUUGCCGUUUAGUCAGUUAGUUGCAGACUUUGGCAUAAACGAGGAAACAGCCAAAGAAAUGCUAUCGGAUAAAGUGCCAGAGGACCAAGUUUCUUCAAGAAGAGUAUUGGAUGUACCAGAAGCAUUGGAAACGCUUGAGCGGUGCUAUCGUUUGCUGGCAUCUGCCCGUCCCGCGCGUACUCCUCUCUCGGCUUCGUCUAACAGCGCUACACCACCACUGGUUUUAGGCAGAUUCCUCAAGAGACACGUGUUUGAUGCACUCAAGUAUAGAGUAACAAAAUUAGAUCAUGAUUUAUUCGAUGUGAUUUGGCCUGCCGUAAAAAAAUUGCCAGACAAUCGAAACGUCGUUCAAACAGUGGAAGAAGAUUUUCCGGGAGGUGUGACUGCCCCCGACUAUUAUGUCUACGAAGUAUUUCAUGAAUUUUUGACCCCCUUAGUUAAAGAUUUGCACAACAUCAAUGUGCACUCUGAUUUGCCGCUGCAUCCCCCUUCUGAUUUUGUGACGCAUCAAAGACCACAGACGAAAUCAUCUUCUUCUUCAUCGGAGCCCCUCGUUGAAUUGAAUAUAGAUCCUAAUGAUGAGUUUGUUCUAUCGGGAACAAUAGAAUGUACAAGAAACCUACAAGGGUUCGAGUUACCCAUUAAUUUGAAAAUCGGCAAAUUGGAAACAAUAGAACGUAUUAUAACCACAAUUUUAAUGAGAGAAGAUUUUGCUAAAAUUACAGCACAAUCUAAUCCAGAGUCUGACCAAAAGGGAGGAACAUACUACACAUUGAAUGAGGUGUUGGAAAAGCCAUCCGAAAUAUCUGCGACCUUAGCGUCCUUUGGACUUCUUAUCGCCCUUUGUGACAGGGAAGAAAUCGAUGACUAUACCCGUUUGCACGGUAAACACUGGCCUUACGGUCGCGGAGUUUACAUCAGUGAUGAUAAAACUAUAGCCAUCUGGAUAAACGUACAUGACCACAUCCGCGUAGUAACGUCUUCACCCGCAGAAUCACCAGGAGAGGUGGGCCUCCCGUUCAGCAAACUAUUCACCAUCAUGUCAUACCUUCAUGAGAAAAUGGAUUUCGUUUUUGAUUAUAAACUCGGGCAUUUAUCUAGCAGACCAACAUAUUUGGGAUCAGGCAUCCGUUUCAGUCUAAUAGUAAAUUUCCCUGGACUAACGAAAGAUCCUGAUAAUAUGAAGCAUUUGUGUGCAAUGAGGGGUUUACAGUAUAGAGAGACUUUAAGCCCAGAUAUAGCCAGAAUCAGCAAUUAUCAGUGUCUCAGUGUUACUGAAUCGAACUGUUUCAACGAUUUCACGACUGCAGCUUCGAAUCUACUGCACUUAGAGAGAGAUUUGUCAAUGCAAAACUCAGCGCACAUCGCUACGAUGCUCUCCAAUAUAUUCCGACGGAAGAGAAGCAGUUUAACUGGUGCGGAUACGUCGGAUUACGAGAAACCAUAAAGAAUUCAAUAAAUAAAUUUGUAGAUUAGAGGCCACUUUAGAUUUUUUUUUAUAAUGAUUAUAAUCGAAUGUUGGAAAGAUGUAGGUGCAGUCGUCGGAAUGGGAGCAUCGUUAGUAGCCAUGACUGCUGUUAAUGCUUUAGGUACGGACCACGUCGCAAACGGCCAUAUGGACAUUCCCACCUUUCGGACGGACGAGGGCAGAUACCUCGCCAAGUCUCUCGGCGAUCCUUUGAUCAAAGGGUUGACCGAAGUGGCUAAUGUAAAGCCAAAGGACC